AUGACAGUCUCCUGGCCUCCAUCUACAGCCAACCCAUUGGGUAUCGCCACCUUGUCCCUCGGGAACUGGCGAGAACACCGUUUGGAACCACGCCUGAAGGCCGCGGCGAAAUUGGGAUAUCAAUGGAUCGACUUGUUUGAUGAGUGCUGGGCCGCAUACCUGGAGGAACAUGGGCUACCAGGAGAACAGCUUUGGGAACCGACUUCAGAGAAUCUGGAGGUUGCUCGAAAAUUGGCUCGUCUUGUCAAGUCCUUGGGAAUGCGGAUUGCUUGCACACAACCCCUUCGGAAGAUCGAAGGAAUUAAAGAUCCAGUUGAACGACAGGCUACCUUGGAUCUAGUCGCCAAACGGUUUCCAUUCAUGCGCGCCUUUGACACCGACCUUGUUUUCAUGUGUGCAAAUAUCCGCACAGACGAGGGGGUGACAUCCGAUCUCAAGACGGUCGCCAGAGACCUCGCGGAAUUGGGAGAUAUGGCGGCCGCAUACGCAAAGGCUGAUGGCGGCCGCAUGUUGAAAAUUGGAUACGAGGGCCUAUCUUGGGCAACUCGAAACACAUGGUCGGCUUCAUGGGAGGCUGUGCGAUUUGCCAACCGUCCCAACGUUGGGCUGAUCGUGGAUGCUUUUAAUAUUCUUGCCGUCGAGUUUGCUGAUCCGUAUAACGCUGCUGGCCACGGGCGGAUCUACCCAAAGUUAGAGGAAUCUCUAGACGUUCUUAGCGGAUCACUCGCAUCGUUGGCCUUGACAGUACCGGGUGAUCGGAUAUUUUUCUUCCAGUGUGGCGAUGCGGAGUUGAUGAACCCAGCGACUUUCCUUCCUCCGACUGACCGGGGAACACCAGCACUGCUCCCAUGGUCGCGAAGCCAUCGGCUAUAUCCUCUUGAGCAGUCUAGAGGUGGGUAUUUGCCGGUUGAGCUUGUUGCAGCUGCUGUGCUUGCCACCGGGUACCGAGGACCAAUUUCGCUUGAGGUGUUCAAUGCAUCGUUGAACCAACCGGGACAAAACGUUCCGAUGGAGCAUGCUUCCAGAGGAAUCAAUGGUCUUCGCCUCUUGUGCGAAACUGCAAAGUCCAUUCCAGCGUUUUGGCAAAGUCACGAUAAGCGUAAGAGUGCUAUCACACAAGUGGUACGACGGCUACAGUCGGAUGAACACAAACAUAAGCUAUGA